UGAGACAGUAUCACGUCAGGAACUACUUCGCAUUUAAUUUGCACCAUUGGACUAUACACAACAUAACCACAGCAAGAGGAUUGUUAUUUGAUUUUCUUUGACGCAGUUGCAGGGCAACUAUGUCCACUUGAAAGUCACUUUUGUCACUUUUUUUCUAAUCAUGCAUGUGGGAUACCUUUUGGAUAAAGAAGGCAGCAUGUAUCACCAAGGACCUGUAAGACGAUCGGGCAUCAACAUCCCACCACAGAACUUUGUUCCCACGCCACAAUAUUCCGACUUUACUGGAUACCAUCAUGUGCCAAACAUGGAUACGCACGCACAGUCUCCGGGAGCUUGGGGAGCUCCUUAUGGCGCACCGAGAGAGGACUGGGGCGCCUAUAAUCUGGGUCCUCCUAACACUAUUCCUACACCCAUGAACAACUCAUCGCCGGGACAAGUUUCCUAUUGCUCACCUGAAUACAAUCCCAUGCACGCGCCAGGGUCAGCAGUAUUGCAACCACCUCCAGAUAAUAUUUCUGUUGCUCAACUUUCCCCGGAUAGAGAAAGGCGCAAUUCUUCUUACCAGUGGAUGAGCAAAACGGUACAAUCAUCUUCCACGGGCAAAACAAGGACGAAGGAAAAAUACAGAGUGGUUUACACCGAUCACCAGAGACUGGAACUGGAGAAGGAAUUCCAUUUUAAUCGUUACAUCACUAUCAGAAGAAAGUCAGAACUUGCGGGGAACCUUGGCCUUUCAGAACGACAGGUGAAGAUCUGGUUUCAAAAUCGCCGAGCCAAGGAAAGGAAAUUAAUCAAAAAGAAAAUGGGAUCUGAUGGCAGCGGAGGAUCAGUGCACAGUGACCCGGGUUCAGUGAGUCCUCUGCGGGUACCAGGCUCACUCAGUCCAUCGGAUAUUCACGGCUCUCUCUACCCACCCCCCGGAAUGAACACCUUGGCAUCUAUUAGGAACAUACAGCAAGUUACUGUCACUCAGUAGAAUCACAUUUGGACCAUCCAACAUAACUGAGCACUGAAAGGACAGUUCCGCAAGACUUGGCUCCGAAUGGAUUACUCAGACGUCCUGAAGCACAUGUUGUGGAUUACGAGAAGUCGAGAAACAAGAUGAUUUAUAAUUGCAACGAAAUGCUGGAGGCUCUUCAAAUAUACUUUUUUAUAG